UGGAAGAGAGGAAGGAAAUCAUCUGUCUCAGUUUAUCUCACUUACAGGAAGUUUGCAAAAAAUAUGGGACUCCCUUCAUCAAACUAUCACUUGUGGUCCUCUCUCUCUUUGUGAUAUAUGCAAUGUCUGGGGAUAUAGUCUAUGCUGAUCUCAAACAUUCAUCUUCAGAACGUUCAUCUUCAUGUCAGAGAUCUGAUUCUAACCACCAUGGAAUUUUCCUGAAAGUUGCAUGUGCAAUGAUUAUCAUCCUUCUUGCAAUAGUAAUUGUGCUGAGCAUCUUGGUUAUCCAGUUCAAAUCUGCAAGACAUACUCAAGUCAAUAAUGAAUCAAAAGAGAAAUACUGUUCUGGGCAAAAUAAAUCUGAAACAAGCACCUCAAUAGUUUCUUUCAACUCUUCUACUGCUCGUAAAUCAUGCCCCUCUGAAGACUGGGAGCUACAUGGAGGGAAAUGUUACCUGGUUGCUAAAGAUAAGAAAUCUUGGGAUGAAAGUAAAGAUGACUGUGUCAUGAAAAAUUCACAUCUCAUGGUGAUCCAAGACUUCACUGAUGUGAUUUUCCUAUGGCAGAACCUACAUGCUUCAGAAUUUUAUUGGAUUGGUUUGAGGCUUCCUGCUGGAGGGGAACCAUGGACCUGGAUGGACAAUAGCACUUUUGACUCCUGGCUGUUUUCAAAGAAAGAAAAAAAGCCCCAGACCCGGAGUAGGAAAUGUGGCCAGGUAUCUCAUACUGAGAUAGCUAAUGAAAAUUGUGAGAAACGUCAAUACUGGAUUUGUCAAAUGUAAUUCACUCGGCAGAAAAUUGAUCUCUAUUUGUCUGACUGAGAGACACCACAUGAAAUUUGAGCUCAGGUCAUGGGCAAGUUCAGAGGGUUGCAUGUGUCCUAGAGGGCUGUUGUGUGUGUGUAUGUGUGUGUGUCCAUUUAUGAUUCAUGUGGACAUAGUACUAUUUCUCAGAAGUGUGGAAAGGG